UACAAUGGCAGUUAAUAUUUUAAGUGCCAUUGUAAUUGUGUUUUUGAGUAUAAUUGUUAUAUAACAGCGUGCUAGUUGCAACAUUGCUUGUUACAGUUACUUACUCUGUCUUCCUACAUUACACGUCGCUUGACGAUGAUCAUUCUGUCUUCCUGCAAAAUUAAAUUAAUGAAAAUUAAUGGAACGCAAAACGUAUACGAAAAAAUUUCACGGAGAUUCAAGUGAAAAAUGUCAAAGGAAACGUAUAACUAACUGACGUAAUAACCGUAGUCAUGUGUUUGCAAUUUCACAAUGUAUUGAUUCCCCAACAAAUGAUUCAAAUUUUAGUGAAAACUUUGCAAUAAAAACUUUUAAUUGUGGUUGUUUGUUGCAAUCAGAAAGUGAGAUUGAAUCAGAUUGUGAUUAUCAGCCCAAAAUAAAUAGUGUUUCGCAAAGUUUUGAAAGUUUUAGUUAUCCUUCAUAUAAUGAAAUUUGUGAGUUAACGGAUAAUAGUCAAUCAUUAUUAAAAGACAUUCGUAUUUGGGUAUUAAAACAUCAAACUACACGAGAAUGUGUUAAUGACUUAUUAACAAUUUUAAGGAACCAUGGGCACCAACUUCCAAAAGAUUCAAGGACAGUUUUAGGAACAUUGAUGAAAUUAAGCUACUCUUUAAUGUAGAUGGUCUCCCUAUUUUUAAAUCAUCAGGAUACCAAUUAUGGCCUAUUACAUCUCAAUUUUCUGUUUUUCAACCUUUUACUGUUGCCUUAUACGGUGGUUAGAAAAAACCGAAUCCUAUUGAGUUUUUGACCAAUUUUGCACAUGAGCUGAAAGAGCUGCAUAAUAAAACAGUUACUUUAUGUGGUAAAUCCUAAUAUGUCUAAAUCUUUGCAAUUCCAUGUGAUUCGCCUGCUCGCAGUCUGCUGAAGGGUAUUGUACAACAUAGUGGUUACCAUCCCUGUGAGAGAUGUGAUGAGGCUGGUGUGUCUGUUAAAGGUCGUAUAGUUUAUGGUACAAAUAAUAGUAAUUUGAUUUUAAAAAGAACUGAUUAUGGGUUACGUUCAGGUCAGUAUGCUCAACUGGGUAAUGAAAACAGAUCUCAUCAGCAUAUAGUAACUCCGUUGUAUGAAAUUCAACAACUAGAUCUUGUUCAACAGUUUCCAUUAGACUAUAUGCAUCUAGUUUGUUUAGGAGUAAUGCGUCAUAUUUUAUUGUAUUUAAAAGGAGGAUAUCCACAGAUAUUUUCAGGAAGAUUGGCUUCUGCAGAUCUGAUAAAGAUAUCUCAUCGUUUAAGUGAACUAAAAGGAAAAUUACCUUCAGAGUUUGCGAGACAACCAAGUGAACUAACUGAAGUUAAUCGGUGGAAGGCUACUGAAUUUAGAACUUUUCUUCUAUACACAGGCAUUGUUGUACUAAAGGAUGUUCUGGAACCAAAAAGAUACAAACAUUUUUUGAGUUUAGCCCUUGCAAUACGCAUGCUAUGUGAAGAGGAAACUAUCUUACGAUGCAGUUAUCUAAAUUCAGCAAGGCAACUUUUAAAUUAUUUUGUUACUAAUGCGCAUGAGCAUUAUGGUGAUACUUUCACUGUAUACAAUAUACAUAACCUCAAGCAUCUUACUGAUGAUGUUGAAUUUUUUCAAUCUUCUCUUGAUGUUUUUUCAUGUUUUCAAUUUGAAAAUUAUUUGAAAACCUUAAAAGGAUUGGUACGUGGUAAACAGAAUCCGUUAAUAGAAAUAGUUAAAAGGCUUCAUGAAUUAAAAGAUACUUACUCUGAGAAAACAAUUACUAUUACCAAGUUUAAUGGACCUACUAACUCUUGGUUUAAUACUGAAGAUUGUAUUUGCUUUGUGAAUAACAUUUUGCCUGAUGGUAGAUUAGUAUGCAAGAUGUACAAAAAGAGUGAACUAAAUCAUUUUUUUAAAGAUUUUGUUUCUUCUAAGACUCUUCAAAUAUUUCUGAUAAGAGAAGAUACACUUUGGUCAGAUCAAAUAACUUGUGCAAAUAUAAGAUGGAGAAAAUGUGUUUGUUUAGCACAUGGAAAUGAUCAAGUUAUCAUACCAUUACUAAAUUGUGUAAAAUUGGGAUAAAAAAAAAAACUUAACUUUAUUUAUAUUAAACCUUUAUUUAUAUUAAAA